AUGGCCCCGCGGCGGCAAGGCGCGACCGGCGAAAGGGACUCCGAAGACAGUCACGGCUGCUGCGUGCCCAGCGAAUGCCUUCGCCCCCGUGAGCCCGUGCGUAUAGAGGACGCCGUUCGCGUGCUAUGCAACAAUGACACGUGCUCUGCCGGCCGGCAUAUGCACAGAGAGUGCUUUGAGCAGUGGGAGGCCGGGGUGCUCGCUUACCUCAAGUCCUGCGGCCGAGCCAGGUCGUGGUCGGAGCGGCAGCGGCAACAGAACCUAUGGACGAAGAAGGGAUACGACUUGGCGUUCAAGGCCUGCGGUUGCCGGUGCGGGCGCGGGCACCUGAAGAAGGAUCUAGACUGGUCCCCGCCGGGUGCGGCGAUCCGCGCCGAGGAGGAGAAGAAGAAACGCAGGCGUGCCAGGUCGAGCCGCACUCCGGCCGCCAUCGACGUGCGAUCGCGGGCCUUCAGUCUGUCUAGUUCUGGCUCCUGUUCGCCGCCUUCCGCGCCCUCCGAGCCGUCUACCAGUCCGACCCACGCUCCGCCAAACCCGCUGACACCAGCGAAGAGAAAUUCUAAACCUGAAAUCGUAUCCGACCGAGUCAGAGCCGGUGCUGGGGCAAACGGUAUAUUUUCUAGAAGACUGGACUUUUCUACUUUCAACCUUUUGCCGAAGCAUAAAGUCAACUCAUAUCAGAUAAAGAUUGAGGACGAGGGUAACCAUGGCAACGAUGACACCAGGCUGUUCAUCCUUUCCACACUCGCUGGACAGCACAAACCCAGGGUUUCUUGUGCCCUUUGCAAGGAGACCUUGCACGUUUUCGACCGGUAUCCACUUGUGGACGGGACUUUCUUCCUCAGUCCCCGCCAGCAUACUAGCAGUGCCGUUGAGGUGAAAGUGGAAGGUCGGACUCAAUACUUGACCUGCGUUUGUAUGGGCUGCCUGGAGAGAUGCGAUCCUGAGCGAACGAUCCGCUGCCGUUUCUGCGGUCAGAAGUGGGAUGGAUCGUCUCUGGUUCUCGGCACUAUGUACUCGUAUGACAUCUUUAUGGCCACUCCGUGCUGCGCUGAACGAUUGAAGUGCAACAACUGCUACAAGCCACUGCUGCACCCACACCAGCGGUUGAACUAUUCAGACUACUCGCACCCGGUGACGUGCCCGCACUGCCCAGUGGCCAUAACAAACAGCGGUGCCGGGGCCAUCUCCCGGCACCCCCCUGAAACUUGGAGCCUCGCGCCGUCGCCUCCGCGCCGCGCCUCGCCCCCGGCCCUGCGCCCCGUCGUCAACACUAGUAUGGCAUCCCGAACUAAUGAAGCAAUAGAAGAACCCGCAAAACUGCUCCCUCCCAGCAUCGCCAGCAUCACAGAAUCGCUAUCUCUACUUGGACUGAGCCCAGAGACGCUCGCCAUGAGCCUCGGCGAAUCGCUCGCCGAGCGGUACCUGGCCACCCUCAGACCGAAGCCGAUCGAGCGGCCCGCGGUCAGCUGCGUCCCACGGCGCCUGCCGACCAACGAAACCUCUAACCUGCAGCUCUUCUCCAACGACUUCAUCAAUUAUUUGAACCAAAUCGCGUAA